CUGCAAGAUGCUUGUGUCGUAUCUCGCAUCUGGGCUCGCGAUCAUCGCAUUUUCUUGCUUGGCUAGCGCUCACAGCGACCAUGUGAACUACACGGUCGUGCCAGGAAUCUUCCUUCAAGAUGAUCCAAGCACCAACGCUUCAACCUUCAACUUUACUGCUUCCAAUUUUGGACUCAUAGACAGGGAUUAUCCGACCGACUCUUCCUGUCCCGACCGCAAGCAUUCAACCCAGUGGCAGCGUCUUUCCCAUUACAUCUCCGCAUUGAACUCACAUUCGCGUUCUAACGAACGGUACUCCCUCCUCUUUCUCGGUCGCCAUGGUGAGGGAUUCCACAAUGCCGCCGAGUCGUUUUAUGGAACGCCAGCAUGGAACUGUUAUUGGUCUGAGCUUGACGGGAAUGGAACCGCCACGUGGGCUGAUGCUCACCUGACUGCUACCGGUAUCAAUCAAGCACUCACAGUGAACAAAUUCUGGAAGCACUUGAUGCAAGACGAGAAGAUUACUCCUCCAGAAACGUAUUACACCAGUCCACUGUAUCGAUGUCUGUCAACUGCGAAUUUGACAUUUUCCGGACUUGAUCUUCCGAGAAGGAAUCAGUUCGUCCCGACCAUCAAAGAAUAUUUCCGCGAGGGCAUUAGUGCCCACACCUGCGACCGGCGCAGCAACAAGACUUUCAUCCACUCGAACUUUCCAAGCUACCGGUUUGAGAAGGGUUUCCCAGAAUACGACCCAUAUUGGACCGCCCUACACGCUGAAACUAGCACAGACCAGGAUAUUCGCUCCAAAAAGGUACUUGACGACGUCUUCUCCAACGAUGAUAGUACUUAUAUCUCUGUGACGGCACAUUCUGGAGAAAUCGCCAGCUUGCUUCGAGUGCUUGGGCAUCGAACCUUUAGUCUUAGUACUGGGGCAGUGCUACCAGUGUUCGUGAAGGUGACGACACUGCAGGGUAACAGCCCAACGACUACCACGCAGGCGUUCACAUCUGUGAGUACGUGUGCGACAGCGCCAACAAUUCGGGCUUCCACAUGCAACGACUGCUCUUGCUGUAAAUGA